CCCCUCAUUCUCGAUGUAGGCAUUUGAUGUACUGAUCAACUCGUAUUUGAACUGAGCAGAAGACAAAUUAAAGACUAAAGUCUCUUUUGGAGAAAAUGUCUGAAGGACAGCUCAAUUCACCUAACCAGACUUUCCAUUUAAUCACAAAUGAUACAGAACCAUCAGCAACUAGUAUUUUCAAUGAUACUACGGUGGAGGGAAAAACUGAAGAGACUUCUAUAGGAUCACGAAUCCUGUGUACCAUUUUUUUGACUUAUUCCGUGAUCAUUUCAGUAGGUCUCCUUGGAAAUGCUGUGCUCAUCAAAGUCUUUUUCAAGAUCAAGUCCAUGCAAACAGUUCCAAACAUUUUUAUCACCAGCUUGGCUUUCGGAGAUCUUUUGCUUCUAAUAACAUGUGUGCCAGUGGACGCGACCCAGUACAUUGCGGAUACCUGGCUGUUCGGGAGACUCGGUUGCAAGAUUCUCUCUUUCAUCCAGCUCACUUCAGUCGGCGUGUCGGUGUUCACACUAACUAUUCUCAGUGCUGACAGAUACAAGGCAAUAGUGAAGCCCUUGGAACUGCCAGCCUCUGAUGCCUUCUUGAAGACCUGUGGGAAAGUUGCCUGUAUCUGGAUCCUGUCCAUGGUUCUUGCUAUCCCAGAGGCUGUAUUCUCAGAUUUAUAUCCUUUCUAUAAUGCUGAAAAAAAUGAGUCUUUUGAAGCCUGUGCUCCUUAUCCUGUUUCUGAAAAGAACAGGCAAGAGGCUCAUUCUCUUCUAUGUUUCUUAGUCUUCUACAUUAUUCCCCUCUCUGUCAUUUCUGUCUACUAUGUUCUGAUUGCCAAAGCUCUUUUCAAAAGCACCGUCGAAAUACCCGCCGAAGAACAAGAACAUGCCCGCAAGCAGAUUGAAUCCCGCAAGAGAGUUGCCAAGACGGUGCUGGUGCUGGUGGGGUUUUUUGCUAUCUGCUGGCUGCCCAAUCAUAUCCUUUACCUCUAUCGGUCCUUCAAUUAUCGCUCCUCCAUUGAUUCUUCUACCCUUCAUCUUGUAGCCACCAUUUUCUCUCGGGCGCUGGCUUUUAGCAAUUCCUGUGUAAACCCCUUUGCUCUUUACUGGCUGAGCAAAACUUUCCGGCAGCAUUUUAAAACACAACUCUUUUGUUUCAAGAUCAAGUGUCCCAGGCGUCCAGCUGUCACCAGAAACCUGGCCACAGGCCUUGUUUCAGCCACUGGGAGCACCCAGGUGUCUGAAAUUAGUGUGACCUUGCUCACUGGGUAUGCUGGGAAGAAGGAAGAAGAAAGUGCCUUUUCAGUUAUCAGUUAAAGAGGGCAAGCAUCAAGUUUUUUCCUAGUGUGUAUAUAGCUAGGAAUUGUGGGGAUGAGUAUAAUACUGAAUUACUCAUCUUUUAAUUGUAUUUGAGAUAUUUAAGAGAAGGUCCUUGUCCAGUCAAAUAUUCUUGUGUGUGUUGUGUGUAUGUGUGUGUAUGUGUGUUAUUUUUGUGAGUGAAAACUUGAUAUUCUAAAACUUUCUAAAUUCUAGAAAGAAAACAUUUAAUAGGUGGAGACUAUGGUUAUAGAAAGAGAAAGGGGAGGAGUAAGAGAAUGAAAUCAACACAACGCUAAAAAUGUAAAACAAUUUAUAGAAAGAUGUAUUUUGAGGAAUGUUUCCUUUCAAAAAAGAUGGCACAUAUGUCUAUAAUGCUUCAAGCUUUACAAAAUAUUUUCCUACUAACUGCCUUAUGAGGCAGGUGUAUCUGUAUCACAAAGGAAGAAAUGGUGACUUAGUGAAGAGAAAUGAUUUACAAUUCAGUACAAAGUAUAUGCAGAAUAAAUGCAAGAUAAUGUUGUUGCGGAAAGGCACCUACAUCUAGAUGAGGAAAAGUCCUAUUCAGGAGGUAACAGAGAGAGAGAGAGAGAGA